AUGAAGGUUGCUUCCCAGAGCCGGCAUUUAGAGGUCCAAUUGCUCUGUGAUCAGUAUGGCAAUGUUGCAGCUCUUCACAGCCGUGAUUGUAGUGUUCAAAGGAGACACCAGAAGAUUAUUGAGGAAGGCCCAAUAACUGUAGCUCCUUUAGAGACUGUGAAAAAACUUGAGCAGGCUGCUAGAAGAUUAGCCAAAUGUGUUAAUUAUGUAGGAGCAGCAACUGUUGAGUAUCUCUACAGUAUGGAAACUGGGGAGUACUACUUCUUGGAGCUCAAUCCACGGUUACAGGUUUGA